AUGAAAAUAGAAAAGUACGAGGCUUUUAAAGAAGAGAUAAAGACAUUCAGGAAAGACAAGGCAUUCUCCAAGGAUCACCCAUCUCUCAUUGAGGUGAUUCAAGAAAGUAUCAUAGAUGAUGUAGAUAAUGUGAAAAUGCCUCUCCUUGUCUAUGUUGCUCGUGAGAAAAAGUGUUCGCAUCCCCACCAUUUCAAGGCUGGAGCCCUCAAUGUCCUUCUUCGUGUCUCUUCGCUGAUGAGUAACUCUCCGUACAUUCUUGUUCUAGAUUGUGACAUGUUCUGUAAUGAUCCAGCUUCAGCUCGAUAUGCCAUGUGUUUUCACCUUGAUCCAAAGAUAUCAUCCUCCUUGUCUUUUGUUCAAUUUCCUCAGAAAUUUCACAACAGUAGCAAGAAUGACAUCUAUGAUAGUCAGCUGAGGUCAUUAUUUACAGUACUAUGGCAAGGUAUGAAUGGACUUAAGGGACCUGCUUUGUCAGGUACAGGGUUUUAUAUAAAAAGGGUAUCACUGUAUGGAAACAGCACUAGGAAAGGAACUGAUCUGCUGAAACAAAAAGAACACUUUGGUUCAUCUAAUGAAUUCAUCGGAUCACUUGAUCAAAACUACUCAAGUGAUUUGGUAUCUGAUCAGAAAUAUGCAUUGCUAGAUGAACUUCACUUUUUGGCUUCUUGUAAGUAUGAAAUAGGCACUAAAUGGGGAAAAGAGGUUGGUUUCACAUAUGAUAGUGUAGUAGAAGAUUACCUAACUGGAUUUAUCUUGCAUUCUAAUGGAUGGACUUCAGUUUUCUGUGAACCAUCCAGGCCACAGUUCCUAGGUACAGCUACAACAAAUUUGAAUGAUGUACUAAUCCAAGGCACUAGAUGGUACAGUGGUUUGUUUGAAAAUGGUAUAAAUAGAUUUUGCCCCCUUAUAUAUUGGUCUACAAGGAUGCCCCUUCUUCAAUGUCUAUGUUUUGCAUGGCUCACAUAUUUCCCUCUUUAUUGCUUGCCCCUUUUGUGUCUUGCUACUAUCCCUCAGCUCAGUCUACUAAAUGGAAUACCCUUGUACCCUAAGGUUUCAGACCCUUUCUUCAUUAUCUUCAUAUUCAUCUUUCUAUCAUCUCUUCUAAAACAUUUGCAAGAAGUCUCUUUAACUGGUGGUACACUCCAUAAUUGGAUAAAUGAGCAGCGGAUCUGGAUGAUGAAAUCAGUGACUUGCCAUCUAUAUGGAUGUUUGGAUGCACUGUUAAAGAAAGUUGGUAUAAGAGAAGCUAGUUUCUUGCCCACAAAUAAAUUAGAUGAUGAUGAAAAAACUCUGCUAUAUGAAAUGGAUAAAUAUGAUUUCCAAGCAUCAAAUAUCUUUAUAGCACCAAUGCUUUUUCUCAUCACUAUCAACAUAUAUUGCUUAGUGGGAGGUGUCUACAGAGUGUUAUUGGUGGGUGACUGUGACAAAAUGUUUAUACAGAUUUUCCUUGCAGUUUAUAUAAUUACCAUCAACUACCCCAUCAUUGAAGGGCUCCUGAUAAGGAAGGACAAGGGAUGCAUUUCAAAGUUGGUUGCUAUUCCUGUUAUCUUGGCUACACUUGUUCUUUUGACAUUGAUUAAACUACUAGCAAAUGUUUAG